AAAAGAAAUUUUUUUUUUGUGAUUUUUACUUUUUUUUAAUUAAUUAUCAUAAAUUCUGCAGUUUAGGGUUUUCGUCUUCCAUCUAUGUUACCUUUUUUUUAUUUUUUUUUGGGGGUUAGGCGUUGGUGCUAGGCUUGAGAAAUUUCAUUUCUUUUUCCCUUUAAUUAAAUUAAUAAGGAAAAAAGUGAUAUUUCUACAUUUUCAGUAGUAAGCACUGAAGAAAAUGUUAAAAGAUUUUUUUGUUUUUUAAGUAUUAUUAUAUACUGUGGAUUUUCUUUUCGAUUAUCUUUGAAUUUGUAAAUUAACUGUUAUUUUCUGAAGAAUCUUAUUCCAGAAUCUUUUGUUUUCCAUACCUGUUUUCUUAUGCUGUCUGACAAUCCAGGACUAGCCCGUCCCCUUUUCGUGUUCUAAGAUUUCCAAGCUCUUUUUUAUUUUACUUGCAUGUAUUUGGUCUCCGUGCUGUUUUGUAAUAUUGAAUUGCUUUCUAUUUAUUCUUCAUUUUUAUUUUUAUUUUACCCUAAUAAAAAUGCUAUAGAUCAAGCAAAAUGUUUAACUUUUAUUGCAUGAUUUCAUUUUGGGUUGCUGUUGUCAAACCAUAUGGGCUUGCUGUUAAGCUAUAUCCCUUACAACGGACUUGGCAGAGGGCAUAAUGUAGAUUUGAUCUCUUUGACCCUCGUACCAAUAAAGGUAUAAGAUACAGGGGAUAACAUGUCCCUAUACGAAGGGGAUGAAAUGGAUCAUGUUGCAGAUGACAAUGAAAUGGCAGAAGUGGACGACUCUAUGUAUUUUCGUGGUAGAGUAAUGGGUGAUUCAGAGUCGGAUGAUGAUGAUGAUGAUGAAUAUGAUCAUUUGGACAAUAAAAUAAUAGAUACAUCAGCCGCAGAUGCUAGGAAAGGAAAGGAUAUCCAAGGGAUUCCUUGGGAGAGAUUGAGCAUCUCUCGUGAGAGGUAUAGACAAACUAGACUAGAGCAGUAUAAGAACUAUGAAAAUGUUCCCCAAUCAGGAGAAAGUUCUGAGAAGGAAUGCAAGCCAACUAAGAAAGGGGGAAACUAUUACGAGUUUUGGCAAAAUACUAGAUCUGUAAAAUCGACAAUCCUUCAUUUUCAAUUGAGAAAUUUGGUUUGGUCAACGUCAAAGCACGAUGUCUACCUUAUGUCACACUUCUCUAUCAUUCAUUGGUCUUCACUAAGGUGCAAGAAGACUGAAGUUCUUGAUGUUUCUGGACAUGUGGCCCCACGUGAGAAACACCCUGGAAGCCUGUUGGAAGGAUUUACUCAGACCCAAAUUAGUACACUGGCUGUUCGGGAUAAUUUGUUGAUUGCUGGUGGAUUUCAGGGAGAGCUUAUCUGUAAGUAUUUGGACCGACCAGGGGUUAGCUUCUGUUCCAGGACCACUUAUGAUGAAAAUGCAAUCACAAAUGCAGUUGAGAUUUAUGAUUGGCCCAGUGGUGCAGUUCAUUUCAUGGCUUCAAAUAAUGACUGUGGAAUCAGAGAUUUUGAUAUGGAGAGAUUUCAGCUUUCUAAGCAAUUUUCCUUUCCUUGGCCUGUAAAUCACACCUCUUUGAGUCCUGAUGGUAAGCUUCUAGUCAUUGUUGGGGACAAUCCAGAUGGACUGUUAGUUGAUUCUCAAACAGGAAAGACUAUAAUGCCUCUAUGUGGACACUUGGAUUUCUCUUUUGCAUCUGCAUGGCAUCCCAAUGGUCUCGUCUUUGCCACUGGGAACCAAGACAAGACUUGUCGUAUUUGGGAUGCUCGUAACUUGUCAAAGUCUGUUGCUGUGCUCAAGGGUAACCUGGGAGCCAUUCGAUCCAUACGUUUCACAUCUGAUGGCCAGUUCAUGGCGAUGGCUGAGCCAGCUGACUUUGUGCAUAUCUAUGAUGCAAAGAAUGGUUUCGACAGGGAGCAGGAGAUUGAUUUCUUUGGCGAGAUCUCUGGCAUGUCUUUUAGCCCCGACACAGAAUCCCUCUUUAUUGGAGUCUGGGAUCGCACAUAUGGUAGUCUUCUUCAGUACAAUCGAUCUAGGAACUAUACAUAUCUCGAUUCCAUGUGGUGAAUUGAGAUCUGUAUUACUAGAAAGGUUGUAAAAUUGUCUGAGCAAUUUAUCCAUUUUCUUAGAACUUAAAAAGGUAUGGUGGAUACAAUGUCUGGUGUGUCAGCUUAUUUGACAUGUCUUAUGCUUAUGAUGGUUGAGAAGAAGAAGGUCGAGGUUUAUUGUAUUGUUGGUUAUAAAAUAAUGUUCUGUCAAUAUCAGAGGGGAAGGGAAAAGGGGUUAAUGGUUGUCUGUAGAAUAAUGGGAGGAUGUAAACUUGCGUGUUAGUGCAUUUGGUGAGGAAACUCAAGUUUAGCUGUGUCAUAAGCCACAAUUUUUAUUUUUAUUUUUUUUGGUUCUUUUUUGGCUUUUUUGUUAAUAACAUAAUAUGCGAAUCUGAUCUUUUUUCA